AUGCACUUUGAUCUGAGCGUGCCUGACCUUGAAGACAUUAUUGAUGCAUGGCCCAUGAUCUGGUACCUGCGCCUGGGCAACGAGAUCCAUGACGUAGCACCCACAAUCCAACUUGAAGAUCUCCUUCCCUUUGCGGAACACUGCUCUUACCUCGAAACAUUUGGGCUCCACGUUGCCAUACACCACGUUUUGUACAAGGCACUCACCCCACCUUCCGAGCGGUUGACGUCGCACGUCAAGGCGCUGUACCCUGGAGAGCUGGGCAAAACCUGCAACCAUAUUGGCGCUGCGCACUUUGUGGCUCGCAUAUUUCCACGAGCAGAAGUCAAACGGCCCUCCUGGGAGUUCCCAGGUGGUGCUGCAGACAUAAUCAACAGGAAGCUAAAGGCUUUUGCCCAGUCUACAGAGAAGAAUGCCCUCGUGACCCGUGCUUGUUAA